AGUUUCUGAAGGUAUAUAUCUAAUAAAUGCUAACAUAGGGUAUGCACAUCUUCAAGUAAGGAGUGCUGAAUUGUUGGUCAAAGUGACUGCCAAUUUACAUUCCCACUCCAAGUGGGAGUUCCCAUUACUAUAUGUCUUUGCUAACUCAAUUUUUAUCAGUAAAGUGGGUACAUAACGGUAUCUUGUAGUUUUAGUUUGCAUUUCCCUAAUUGUCCCCGUGGUUGAGAAUAUUUUUCUAAGUUUACUGGCCACUUAAUUUUCUUCUAUGAAAUGUCUAUUCAGGUGUUUGCCCAUAUUUUCCAUUGUGCUGUUUGUCUCAUUGAUUCAUAGGGUUACGUUUGUGUUCUAGGUACCCAUCCUUUGUUGGUUAUUCAUACUGCAAAUAUCUUCUUUUUAUUUGUUGUAAUUUUUGAAAUGUUUAUUUGAGAGAGAGAGAGCACCAGUGGAGGAGGGGCAGAGAGAGAGGGAGACACAGAAUCCGAAGCAGGCUCCAGGCUCUGAGCUGUCAGCAGAGCCUGACGCGGGGCCCGAACUCACAAACCACGAGAUCGUGACCUGAGCUGAAGCCAGAUGCUUAACCGACUAGGCCACCCAGCCACCCCGAUUAUACUGCAAAUAUCUUCUAAUGGUUAAUACUUGUGUCUGUUAAAAAAUUAUUCUCAAAAAAAAAAAAAAAAUUAUUCUCUACUCAGAGGACCAAGAGGUAUUCUCCCGUUUUAUUCAUAUGUUUUAAAAAGUUUUGCCUUUCCUAUUUAAAUGCUUAAUAGUUCAGUCAACUAGAAAGUACGAAAUAAACAUUACCAUGCGCCUAACACAAUGAUUUCAAUAUAUAUAAAGAAAAAAUUAACAAGAAAUCCAUAAAUCCACAAAGGAGAUUUUAAUAUGCUCCAUUUAGUCAUUGGCAGAAAAAUGUGACAAUAUGAUGAAUAAACUUGACCCAAUGAACAUAUGCAGAAUGCUGUACCCAACACUCAGAUAGAAUAUUCUUUGCAAACACAAACAUAACACUGACCAUACACUUCAAUCAUAAGGGAAAUUUCAACAAAUUUCAAAGGAUUAUAAGCAUAUAGGCCAUAUUCUUUUAUCUUAAUGCAUUUAAACCAGGAAUCAUUAACAAUAGCUAACUAAAUAAAUAAUCACGUGUUUGGAAACUUUAAAGUAUUUUAAAUAACCCAUGGGUCAGAUAACAUAUUAGAAGGCUGAAAAUAUGUUGAAUUGAACAAUAAAAAUGACAUCUUGAAAACUGUGGCACGGCACACAGUUUUAAGGAAAUUUAUAGCCUUAUCUGCACAUAUUAGGAAAUAAAAGAAUGAAAAUCACUCCUCUUUCAAGAAAUUAAUAGAACAGCAAUUUAAAACCAAAGAAAUUAUAAAAACAGAAAUUAAUGGCAUAGAGAAGAAACACAUAAAAGAGUAUCAACAAAGAGCCACAAGUUUGUUCUUUGAAAAGGCUAAUAAUAUUGACAAACUUCUGGUGAGACUAAGAAAUAAAAAGGCACAAAUAGCUAAUAACAGAAAUGAAUAAGGAACCAUUGUUACAGAACCUGCAGGCAUUAAAAAAGAUAGUAAAAUGUUUUAUAGGCUUUAUAUCAGUAUUUUUGAGAGUUUAGAUUUAAUGGACCCAACACCAGGAAAAUAGAGUUUAUCAAAAGUGAUGCAAGGAAGCGAAGUGUGGUGGUGGUGGAAACUGUAAAAGAAAAACAUAAUUUUGAAAAAACCGGAAAUUUCGGCACCGGUGAAAUUUGACAAUAUUAAAGAAUUACUAUUUUUAAGUGUGAUAAUGGUAUUGUGGUUUUGCUUUUUUGAAACUCCUUAUCUUUAGAGAUUGUAACUGAAACACUUAUAAAUGAAAUGAUACAAUGAGUUUUGCUGCAAAAUAACGCUUGAUGCCACAGAACCUGUGCCCAUGCCUGUAACAAUAGCACAAUAACUUGAAUACUGAGGGUUUAAAACUCACCAACGUGACUAGGCGCUCUCCGCAAUGUCAGGGGAAAGCUGAACGGUCUCUCCACAGCCCCAGAGCCGGUCAGCGCUCCAGCAGUGCCAGCCAGACUCCUCACCUUCUUGCCGCAGGCUUUUCCCGCCCAUUACUCUGAGAACCAAUCAUUGAGCGUGGCUUUGCACCUCGGACCAAUCAGCGAUCCCCGGUAGGCCCCGCCCCCACAUCCCCGAAAGCAGCCGGACGCCAUGUUUCAAGGGCAGCGGGGUUGGUUCUGCCGCAGCGUCGGCGGAGAACUGAGGCAGUUCUGGGUGGCCGAAGGGGGCUCCAUCAGUGACCCAAGGGCCGCCGACUUCCUGUUCAGCUGUGAUGCCUCCCACCCAGACACGCUGAGGAUAUAUCAGAGCCUUGAUUACAUAGAAGAUAACGCUACAGUUUUUCAUGCCUACUAUCUCUCCGCAGUGGCUAAUGCUGAAGUAAAAAAUUCGGUGGCUUUAGGUCACUUCAUUCUUCCUCCUGCAUGCCUGCAAAAAGAAAUAAGAAGAAAACUUGGUAAUUUUAUUUGGGAACAAGAUCAACAUUUUCAGAUAGAAAAGCAUGAUGAAGUAACACCAAAGGAAACUGAGGACCUUAAGGAAAGCAGUGAACUAGCAAUAUAUCACAAAAAAGAACUAUCCAAAAGCAGAGAAAAGCAUUUUAUAAGGACUCCAGUUACGGAAAAGCAGAUGUACUUCCCUCUUCAGAAUUAUCCAGUGAACAACAUGGUAACAGUACAAAAAGAUCAAGAUCAUGCCAUGCGUAUUUUCAGACCACAACACUAUGAAACACUAAACAUUUGGAAAGAUAGCAAAUACUUGGAGACUAAAGAACAUCCUACUAAAGAACGAAUUGGCUAACCAAGAAGUUAAAGAGGAAAUUAAAAAGUACAUGGGAGCCAAUGAAAAUGAUAACACUACAGCCCAAAACCUCUGGGACGCAGCAACGGCGGUCAUAAGAGGGAAGUAUAUAGCAAUCCAGGCCUUCCUAAAGAAGGAAGAAAGGUCACAGAUACACAACCUAACCUUGCACCUUAAAGAGCUAGAAAAAGAACAGAAAAAACAAAAACAAAAACAAAAACAAAAACAAAAACCCAAACCAGCAGAAGACAGGAAAUAAAGAUUACAGCAGAAAUCAAUGCUAUUGAAACAAAAAAACCCAGGAGAACAGAUCAAUGAAACCAGAAGCUGGUUCUUUGACAGAAUUAACAAAAUUGAUAAACCACUAGCCAGUUUGAUCAAAAAGAAAAAGGAAAGGACCCAAAUAAAUAAAAUCAAGAAUGAAAGGGAGAGAUCACAACCAACACAGCAGAAAUAAAAACAAUUAUAAGAGAAUAUUAUAAGCAAUUAUAUGCCAAUAAAAUGGGCAAUCUGGAAGAAAUGGACAAAUUCCUAGAAACAUAUACACUAUCAAAACUGAAACAGGAAGAAAUAGAAAAUUUGAACAGACCCAUAACCAGUAAAGAAAUCAAAUUAGUAAUCAAAAAUCUCCCAAAAAACAAGAGUCCAGAGCCAGAUGGCUGUCCAGGGGCAUUCUACCAAACAUUUAAGGAGGAGUUAACACCUAUUCUCUUGAAGCUGUUCCAAAAAAUAGAAAUGGAAGAAAAACUUACAAACUCUUUCUAUGAAGCCAGCAUUACCUUGAUUCCAAAACCAAAGCCCCCAGUAAAAAGGAGAACUAUAGACCAAUUACCUUGAUGAACAUGGAUGCAAAAAUACUCAAGAUAUUAGCCAACCAGAUCCAAUAAUAUAUUUAAAAAAUUAUUCACCACGACCAAGUGGGAUUUAUACCUGGGAUGCAGGGCUGGUUCAAUAUCCACAAAACAAUCAAUGUGGUUCAUCAAAUUAAUAAAAGAAAGGACAAGAACCACAUGACCCUCUCAAUAGAUGCAGAGAAAGCAUUUGACCAAAUACAGCAUCCCGUCUUGAUAAAAACUUGUAAGAAAGUAGGGAUAGAAGAAUUAUACCUCAAGAUCAUAACAGCCAUAUAUGAAAGACCCACCCCUAAUAUCAUCCCCAAUGGGGAAAAACUGAGAGCUUUCCCCCCAAGGUCAAGGACAAGACAGGGACGUCCACUUUCACCACUGUUAUUCAACAUAGUAUUGGAAGUCUUAGCCUCAGCAAUCAGACAUGAUUGAGAAAUAAAAAGAAAUAAAAGGCAUCCAAAUCGGCCAGGAGGACGUGAAACUUUCACUCUUCACAGAUGACAUGGUACUCUAUAUGGAGAACCCAAAAGAUUCCACCAAAAAACUGCUAGAACUGAUCCAUGAAUUCAGCAAAAGGCAGAAUAUAAAAUCAAUGCACAGAAAUUGGUUGCAUUCCUAUACACCAACAAUGAAGAAACAGAAAGAGAAAUCAAGGAAUCGAUCCCAUUUACAAUUGCACCAAAAACCAUAAAAUACCUAGGAAUAAAUCUAACCAAAGAGGUGAAAAAUCUAUACACCAAAAACUAUAGAAAGCUUAUGAAAGAAAUUGAAGAAGACACACACAAAAAAAUGGAAAAAGAUUCCAUGCUCCUGGAUAGGAAGAACAAAUAUUGUUAAAAUGUCAAUACUACCCAAAGCAAUCUACAUAUUCAAUGCAAUCCCUAUCAAAAUAAUACCAGCAUUCUUCACAGAGCCAGAACAAAUAAUUCUAAAAUUUGUAUGGAAUCAGAAAAGACCCAGAAUAGUCAAAGCAAUCUUGAAAAAGAAAACCAAAGCUGGUUUCACAAUCCCAGACUUCAAGCUGUAUCACAAAGCUGUAAUCAUCAAGACAGUAUGGUACUGGCACAAGAACAGACACUCAGAUCAAUGGAACAGAAUAGAGAACCCAGAAAUGGACCCACAAAUGUAUGGCCAACUAUCUUUGACAAAGCAGGAAAGAAUAUCCAAUGGAAUAAAGACAGUCUCUUCAGCAAGUGGUGCUGGGAAAACUGGAUGGUGACAUGCAGAAGAAUGAACCUGGACCACUUUCUUACACCAUACACAAAAAUAAACUCAAAAUGGAUGAAAGACCUCAAUGUAAGACAGGAAGCCAUCAAAAUCCUCAAGGAGAAAGCAGACAAAAACCUCUUUGACCUUGGCCACAGCAACUUCUUACUCAACACGUCUCUGGAGGCAAGGGACACAAAAGCAAAAUAAACUAUUGGGACCUCAUGAAAAUAAAAGGCUUCUAAACAGCAAAGGAAACAAUCAGCGAAACUAAAAGGUAACCUGUGGAAUGGGAGAAGAUAUUUGCAAAUGACAUAUCAGAUAAAGGGUUAGUAUCCAAAAUCUAUAAAGAACUUAUCAAACUCAACACCCAGAAAACAAAUAAUCCAGUGAAGAAAUGGGCAAAAGACAUGAGUAGACACUUCUCCAAAGAACACAUCCAGAUGGCCAACCGACACAGGAAAAAAUGCUCAACAUCACUCAUCAUCAGGGACAUACAACUCAAAACCACAAUGAGAUACCACCUCACACCUGUCAGAAUGGCUAACAAGUCAGGCAACAACAGAUUUUGGCGAGGAUGCAGAGAAAGAGGAUUUCUUUUGCACUGCUGGUGGGAAUGCAAACUGGUGCAGCCACUCUGGAAAACAGUAUGGAGGUUCCUCAAAAAAUUAGAAAUAGAACUACCCUGUGACCCAGCAAUUGCACUACUACGUAUUUAUCCAAGGGAUACAGGUGUGCUGUUUCGAAAGGGGCUCAUACACCCCAGUGUUUAUAGUAGCACUACCAACAAUAGCCAAAGUAUGGGAAGAGCCCAAAUGUCCAUCGAUGGAUGAAUGGAUAAAGAAGAUGUGGUAUAUACAUAUACAAUGGAGUAUUACUCAGCAAUCAAAAAGAAUGAAAUGUUGCCAUUUGCAACUAUGUGGAUGGAACUAGAGGGUAGUCAGUCAGAAAAAGACAAAUAUCAUAUGACUUCACUCAUAUGAGGACUUUAGGAUACAAAACAGAUGAACAUAAGGGAAGUGAAGCAAAAAUAAUAUAAAAACAAGGAAGGGAAUGAAAACAUAAGAGACUCAUAAAUAUGGAGAACAAACAGAGGGUUGCUGGAGGGGUUGUGGGAGGGGGAUGGGCUAAAGGGGUAAGGGGCAUUAAGGAAUCUACUCCUGAAAUCAUUGUUGCACUAUAUGCUAAC